GUUCUGCGGCGCAUCAGAGCGGGGUGACCGAGAGAUUCGCGCGCGGCUCCCGCACCAGGCUGCGCAAGGAACUGGAGAAGAAGAAGGCCAUCUUUUCGUUGGAGAUUCCAGUUGAGUUUUGCGGCAAGUUGGGGGUCGGCGACAGCGGUGACGGCAAGCUGGUCGCCACCUUCAACCAGACCCAAGAAGCUCUCACGUGGGCUGCAUUCUGCAGCGGCGCGGACGCGCCGCGCCUUCUGUGCUCACACUGCGGGAGGCGCGGUCGAUCUGCAGCCCGGGAGGAUUUUUGGUCGCUUUCGAUGCCGCUUUCGGCGCCUGAUGGCUCUGUCUACACCACUGCCCUCGCGGCGCUCACUGGCUGCAUGGGCGCGCGGCAGGUCGUGGAGCUCGACGAUUGGACCUGCGCGGCGGAAGCGCGCGCCUCUCGCGGGGCCGGCGCUGGCUACCCGAUAAAGACCACAAAUAUUGAGCAGUGGCCGGGCAUGCUCAUCCUCCACCUGCUGCGCUGGACAGCGACCGGGGAAUUGGUGCAGCAUGCCGCGGCGCCUGAUCUGCACCUGGCGAUUCGCCGGACCGAGCACGCACUGCGCGCAGUUGUUACUCGCGAGGGGGUCGCGCCACAGUCCGGCCAUUAUAUUAUUUUCGCGGCGCGUGCCGGGCGCUGGCACGUCUGCAGCGAUGAGGACAUCAGGCUGGCCACGCAGAGCGAGAUGAUCUUCUUUGUGCGGAGCAGGAGCGUAG